UUCAGGGUGCAAAGGGGUUGAUUUACUCAACUGUAUGUGAAAAAAAUCGUGUUUUUGUUUUUUGGAUUUUCGGACAACUUCUGGAUGUUGCACACCUCUUGCGCCUGUUGUUUACCCCUGGUUGAACAUGGUGGGCAACAUCAGCAAGUAACGUUAGCAUUAGCCACUAGCAUGGUGGUUGAACAUUUUGUUUUAUUAAGACAGUAUGCAUAUGUCCCCCGUUUUUUUUUACCAACAAGCCAUUAAAUCGAGCUAAGGAGGUUACGGACACAUGUGCAGCCUGAGUGGAGGAUGUUUUAUGUACGAUCCGGUCCAUUUGGGACACAAGUGUAUUACUUGCUGCCCACAGUAAAGCGUAAAAUAAGAUUACAAACGACGUAAAUGGAAUAAUAGCGGCAUCAUGCGGUCAGUUGGGUUAAGUACGAGAAAGUCUAACGUGAAGCCUGAAGAUGAAGCCGGUGUUACAGUUUUACAUCUCGUGAACAAGAUUUAGUGACCACCUUUCCACCGGAAUAGAAGACAGCGCUGGCUAGCAUUUUCCAUUCGUUGAGCUGGCCGGGGAUGCUAACUGCAAUGUGUGUACAGUGGAUUUGAAAUAUGAAUUAGCUUAUAUAUUUUUAAGCAGUCAAAUGCGAUAAAGCGUCGUUAGAGUAAAUAUUAGCCACAUCUACCGGGCUUUUGAGAGAAGAUCUCGUCAUGUUUGGUAUAGAUGCGGAGGUCUGGCGCGCGGGCUGUCAACAAAGUCCGGCUGAAAAAACGCUGCUGUUUCCCCAGCUCUCUCUUAUGACAUAGUCCUGGUGAUGACAAAGCUGAAUCAUGCCGGGUAAAUUGAAAGCUAAAAUUGUGGCGGGGCGUCACUUACCAGUCAUGGACAGAGCCAGCGACCUCACUGAUGCCUUCGUAGAGGUCAAGUUUGGCAACACAACUUUCAAAACGGAUGUCUACCCCAAGUCCCUUAACCCACAGUGGAACUCAGAGUGGUUCAAAUUUGAGGUGGAUGAUGAGGAUUUGCAGGAUGAGCCAUUACAGAUCACAGUGUUGGACCAUGACACUUACAGUGCCAACGACGCAAUAGGGAAGGUCUACAUUGACAUCGACCCUCUGCUGUCCAGCGAGGCUGCCACCGUCAUCUCUGGAUGGUUCCCCAUCUACGACACUAUACACGGUAUCAGAGGGGAGAUUAAUGUUCUGGUAAAGGUGGACCUCUUCAACGACCUGAACCGCUUCAGACAGUCCUCCUGUGGGGUCAAGUUCUUCUGCACAACAUCCAUCCCGAGGUGUUACCGCGCGGCGCUGGUCCAUGGUUUUGUUGAGGAGCUGGUGGUGAACGAGGACCCGGAGUACCAGUGGAUCGACCGCAUCAGAACCCCCAGGGCUUCUAACGAGGCCCGCCAGCGACUCAUCUCCCUCAUGUCUGGUGAGCUGCAGAGGAAGAUUGGUCUGAAGGUGUUGGAGAUGGGUGGUAAUGCGGUGGUGGGCUACCUGCAAUGCUUUGAUCUGGAGGGAGAGUCGGGUCUGGUGGUCCGAGCCAUCGGCACCGCCUGCACUCUGGACAAACUCAUCCCUGGGACUGCUUCCAACACCAUCACACACCCCAACACCGCCCCGGCAUCCAAUGCCUGCAACUCCCCCUCUAAGGAAAGCAAAGAGCACGUGUUCAGUGAGGACCCAACCCACCCCCUCUCCGUCCCUCCCACCCCUCUCAGAACACUUCCUUCCUCCUCCUCUCCUCCCUUCUCUCCAUCCAAGCCAUGCAGUCGCCAGUCCUCCUCCUCAGACACAGACCUCAGUCUGACGCCCAAGAUGGGGAUGGGGAGUGGGAUCAGCGUUGGGAAAGAGGCAGGGCCUCUGAAGACCCUCCUCAGACAGCAGGCCCAAUCAGCAUUGGAGCAGAGGGGAGCCUCAUCCUCUGGUAUAUUUGUAAACACCAGGGAGUUCCCCUUCUUCACGUUGACUUGUUUUCCCCCCGGCUUCCUGGUUCACAUCGGGGGAGUGGUCAGCGCCCGCUCAGUCAAGCUGCUGGACCGCAUACACAACCCUGCGUUGGGUAACACACGCUCUUACAAACUGCUAGACUGGAAUAGUGUUGCUGCAGACGAGCCAGAGACGAGGGACGCGUGGUGGGAGGAGAUUCGUCAGGAGAUCAAGUCUCAUGCCAAAGCCCUGGGUUGCCACGCUGUGGUGGGAUACAGCGAGAGUACCACCAUCUGUGAGGAGGUGUGUAUCUUGUCUGCGUCGGGCACGGCGGCCAUGUUGAAUCCCAGGUUCAUGCGCGAGGGCUGUUUGGACGCCGGCGGCAGCGACCACAGGUUGUCACGACAACCACCCCUCGGCACGGUUGGGUCGGAGAGGGCAGAGGGGGAAGUUAGCUCAGCUUGGCUGGGGUUUGAUGAUGCGUCACCUCCUAGCUGCGGAUUUUGUCACAUCCCAUAUGAUGAGUUCAACAUGCCGUUCCCAGCUCAGCUCACAUACUGCUACCACUGUAGGAGACAGAAGGUCCCUGACGUGCUCUUUACUACCAUAGACCUACCUGCUGAGGCUGCUGUUACUGGGAAGGGCUGCCUCAUACAGGCCAGGUUGUGUCGUAUCAAGAAGAAGGCCCAAGGCGAGGUGAAUGCCACAGCCAUCUCUAACCUCCUCCCCUUCAUGGAGUAUGAGCUCCACACCCAGCUGAUGAACAAACUGAAGCUGCGCUGCAUGAACGCUCUGUUUGGGCUCCGCAUUCAGAUCAGUGUGGGAGAAAACAUGCUCCUAGGACUAGCUUCUGCAACGGGUGUGUACCUGUCAGCUCUGCCAGCUCCAGGUGGUAUCCAGAUAGCUGGUAAGACCCCCAGUGACCUGAGCUACGACCAACACAUUUCAACCAUGCAGAAACGCAUCAAUGACACCAUCGCCAUGAACAAGGAGCUCUACAACAUACACCCCCCGGAUUGUAUAGAGGAGGUGGUGGGGUCUCCUAUCCCUGACAGACAGCGGUCCAGACUGUUCAGGUCUACCUCUGAGAGUUCAGAUGAGCUGUCAGAACUAGACCUGUCCCACGGCAAGAAGGACGCCUUCGUACUGGAGAUUGAUGACACUGAUGCAGUAGAGGACAUCCAAUCCCUACUCACUGAUGCCCCCAUGCCUGCAGGGUUCUACAGCUGUAACACAGAGAUCAUGCCUGGGAUUUACAACUGGACUUCAGGGCUACAGAUGUUUACAUCUGUCAGGGUCUACAGACUUAAUAAUGCCAAUCUGACCAACCAGGGCCUCAACAAGAUCUUCACUGACCUCUGUGAUAAUUUACUCAAGAGUCUAUACUUUAAGUUACGUUCCAUGAUCCCCUGCUGUCUAUGCCAUCUCAACUUCACUGUAGCCGUACCAGAGGAAGAACUCAUACAGGUGGCGGUGACGGCUGUAGCCAUGAGUUUUGACAAGGAGACUCAGCUGGCAGCAGACAAGGCUCUUAACAAGGGGAGUGGAGAGAAUGAAGAGCAGCUACAGUUUUCUAUGGAGCUGUGUGGAGAGUCAACGUCCUCCAACAACCAGCCUACAGCCAAACCUUCAGGUGUUCCAGAGAGUGCCAUGACCCACUCAUCGUCUCGAGACAGAUGCAGCACCUGGCUAGAGCUGCUUAGGCUGAAAGCUCACACCAUAAGACGAGGAUCAGUUAAGACAAGUAGGAGGACACAGUCGCUAGCAAACUCUGUCUCGUCCUCAGAGCGCUGCAGUCCUCUCCCAGAGGUGCGGUCCCGGUCCCUACGCUCCACCAGGUCGUUGCCAUGCGGUGCCCCUGUUACCGUGGUGAAGAUGACUCCUCUGUCCUUUCUCCCCAGGACGCGCAUCGUCAAAUACUUGGGAAUCAUCAACAUGUUCUUCAUUAGAGAGACCACGUCACUACGAGAGGAGGGGGGUGUAAGUGGGUUCCUGCAUUCCUUCAUAGCGGAGGUGUUUGCCAUGGUCCGUGCACAUGUAGCAGCUCUGGGGGGCAACGCCGUAGUGUCAUACAGCAUGAAGGAGUGUGUCUUCAUGGAAAACCCCAACAAGAACCAGGCUCAGUGUCUGAUUAAUGUUAGUGGUGAUGCUGUCAUCUUUGUCAGAGAAUCAGACCAGGAGGCCAUACCCCCUCUGAUUGCGAGCGGACAGACCAGCACCACUGGGGCUGAUGGGACCACAUGACACUCACUCACGCACACACACACACUUGAGUCUAGCCAUCCAAAUAAUUGUGAUUUUUGUCUGCCAUAAACAGACUAGUUGAUGGAGAAAUUGUCUCUUAAUUGUCCAUUAAGGCACUCUACAUAAGCCAUUUAAAGGCAUUAUGUCAUGUCUGUCUGUCUUUGUCUGUCUGUUGGUGAUAUAAUAGACAUUCCAAUACAUGGUGAAGUUUUAGGCAGCUAAAAGACUGAUUGCUCUCCAUCCAGUCACUAGCCGGCCAUUCUAAAGUGUACAGGGUAGUCAUUAGUAGACAGCCAUGAGUACCAUACUCAGUACAGCAGCGUUUCCCAAUAGGCAGCCCGUGGGCCAAAUUCGACCCGUGUGGUUUUCUUUUGCCCACUCAAGAUUUCGGCGCAAAAAAACAUGGUUUUAUAUCAUUUUUGUUCUUUGACAUAAGACUGUAAAAUCACCAGGAAAUUAGCUCAAAGUGAUUUUAAUUUAGGAAAUCUGUUUCCAAGUAUUCCCACGCAUAGCUAUAGGCAUAUGUGAUCGUAUCCCAAUUUAAUCAAGGUGUGAAAUUAUUCUGUUUUUGUGAAAUACUAUAUCUGUUUGGGAUUCUUGCGGUCAAUUUGCAGGGUACUAAUUAUUUAUAACUAUUUUCCGGAUCCCCGACUAUCUGCUCAAGGAAAUGUAGGCCCACGACUUAGUAAUUGGGGACCCCUGCAGUACAGGGUAGCCACUACUGAAGAUGGCCAUGGUAAAGAGAACUAAAUUGAGUUUAAUUGUGUCACUGUAUGACAAUGUUUUUGGCAAACAUUCACACAAACAUACACCCACCCCGUGGACAGCCUCCUGUCACACUCCUGGCUGUCCUGACUGCGGCCUCAACGGUGUCCAUACUACUGAACUCUCCUGUUUUUAACAAUCAUGUAAAUGCUGGGAAAUAAACUUAUUGCGAUGACCUCUUUUUGUUCAUAGUCUGGGUGCCACAAUAACUUUUAUUUGUGUAAAUGUACUCUAAAAUCUGAUUUUAGUAUUUUUAUAAAGUAAGAGUAUAUUAGUGGUGUCUAAUUUUGCAUGUCUAAUGAAGUCCUUGAAGUUUGAUUCAUUGUGUAAGAAGUAAGAGAUGCGUUCUACUGUUAAUGAAUACAACCUGUUUCUCUUUCUCUGUAAGACUUGAAUGUAAAUACAUAUAGAGUGUGUUGCUUAGUGUCUAGCAGCAUGUAACUACUAUUGCCAUGACUGUCAGCUUGUUGCCUGAGAUAAACAGUACUGCACAAUAAACUGAACUACAGUGAAAAACA